CUUUUUUUCUCUUUAUACAUUAUUAUUAUAUAUGGUUACGCUGAUUCCUUCAUGUUAUAAUGAAGACCAAACUGCACCUUCUGCUGAAUCCUCUUUUACACACCACACCACUUCCAGUCAUCUUAUCCAACUUACCAAUGUUAUAUCGAAACUGAUACAAAUUGUUUUGAGGUCAAGACUCGGGUCAGAUUACUACUGUAUACGCCAUGCCGCAACUCACCAAUCCAAUUGCUAUCUUACUAUUACUCCACAUGUUUUACCUCAGAAUAUAUCAACAACAGGAUGGGAAUUAGGGAUGCGAAUAUAUCACCAAACUACCUUGUUAGAGCACUGGAUCAUUAAAUACAAUCCUUUCACCACCUCAACUUCUAUUACUCCAACAACAGCAACAACCAGCUCUAGUAUUUCCUAUUCUACAAAUAUCCUUUUACUUCUUCAAUCAGCAUACUCUCACACUCGUCUACUUCCAGUUCAGAAUCUUUUGACACACUCUCAACUUACAAAGGAACAACUUGGAUUUAUGAUAACAACAAUACCAUCCACUUUUUCGAUGGAAACCAUUACCACUACUGACAACAGUUCAACCCUUCCUUUUCUUGGCUGUCAUUCUUCUCUUCCUACUACAUCUGUAUUGUUUGGACCUCAAGCUUCAGUGGCGACACAUCAUUUCCCAAAGGUUGACUGUAUGGAUCUCAAGGGACAACUAUCUCUUCAAGUAAUGUAUGAUGAGAAUAUUGGAAAAAUCAUGUCAACUACAGUACCAGGUUUUAUUUUUGAAUCCAACAAAGCGACAACAACGGAUAUCAUCUUACCAGCAACCAUUUCUUCUACUUCUUCUUCUUCUUCAACAACAAUACCAUCAGAUAGUUGCUAUCAACAACGAAAACAACAAAAGCAACAACAGGAACAUCUUUUACUAGCUGUUACGCAACCAACAACAAUGAUUCAGCAGCUUCAUAUACCUACAAAGUCGACAUCUUUUAUUGGCGUUCGAAGGUUAUCACGUCUGUCAUUAUCGGCAUUACAUGAUGACGAUGAAGAGAAGACACAACAAAAACAAGAAGAAGAAGAAGAACAAGAAAAACCUGAUCAAUACUCAUUCUAUGAAUCAUCACCAUCUGCAUUAACCAUUCCCAUGUCAACUUCACCUAUUCAAUAUACCCACCAUGGACAUUCAUUGGCAUAUUCCACUUCACCUUCAGCAACUUAUCAUCAACAGCGACGUUCUUCAAUACCAUUACAUCAUUACCAUCAACAUCAUCAUCAUCAUCAUGGAUUGGCAGGAAGUUAUGAAGAAUCAUUACUUAGUGGACGAAUGUCAACUCUUCAACCAUCCAAACCUAUCUGGUUUCAUUGUCAAAUUGGUGCCCUUGGUCAUGGUCGUGUCAAAUCUUCGUUGAAAUGUCCUCCUCAUCGUUCCGUUGUGUUUCCUGCUUUCUUUUAUGAUGGACAAUCCAGUAUGAAUUCAUUGAAUAACAAGUGGAUGGAUGAAUCUGUAUCGACACCAGCAUUUGCACCACCUCCGUAUGUAGGUACAGUGGAUCUGACGGUGGAUGAAGAUAACAAGCCAUCACCUGGAUAUAGGAUCCCUUCCAAAGGUCAAUUACAAAUCGCCAUCAAGAAUCCAAACAAGUCCCUUGUCAAGUUGUUUCUGAUUAAUUAUGAUGUAUCCCAAAUGCCUCGUAAUACCAAAACGUUUUUAAGACAGAAAUCAUAUUGCUCAACCUCUUUGAAAUAUGUUGUCCAUAUUCAACUUUGUCGUACUGAAAAGAACAGGGUAUAUCUUUACAAGCAAAUCCGUGUUGUCUUUGUCAAUCGUUGUAUGGAUGCUCGUGAACAAUAUCAUGUGAUAUGUGAAGGACCGAAUGAACCUGUGUAUACCUCUUUAAUUUAGUUAUAUUAGAUUUGUUUAGUGAAUAGAAUAUUGAAAUAAAUAAAGAUGAAUCUAUUUUAAAUCUAACAAUGAUCCAUAGCACCAGUAUUAAAAAAAAAAGAGGAUUGUUCUUUAUCAUCAUCUAAUCCUCCUCUUACUUGAUCGUUAUAUAUUUAUUUCUCUAGAUAAUGAAAUGGAUGAUCUGUAGGAAAAAAAAA